ACCCGCGGAGGUCGCCCCCUCCUCACCUCCCCCGGCGGCACCUCCGGACAGAGGCGCCACGGGGCGUGAGGAGGGAGCCCGGCGGAUGCCCCCAGGACAAGCAUCCCCGAGCGCGGCGCCCCCGGGGCCCCCAGGGAACAUGGGCGUGCUCAGGGCCGGGCUGUGCCCGGGCCUCACCCAGGACACGGUCGGGCAACUGAGGACUCGCGGGAUCAGGACAGUGGUGGACCUGGUUUCCGCAGACCUAGAGGACGUAGCCCAGAAAUGUGCCUUGUCUUACAAGGCCCUGGUUGCCCUGAGAAGGGUAUUGCUGGCCCAAUUCUCAGCCUUCCCCUGCAAUGGCGCUGAUCUGUACGAGGAACUGAAGACUUCCACUGCCAUCCUGUCCACUGGCAUCCAAAGCCUGGACAAACUGCUUGAUGCUGGUCUCUACACUGGAGAAGUGACUGAGAUUGUAGGAGGCCCAGGUAGUGGCAAAACCCAGGUGUGUCUUCGUGUGGCUGCAAAUGUGGCCUACAGCCUGCAGCAGAAUGUUCUGUACGUUGAUUCCAACGGAGGACUGACAGCCUCCCGACUCCUCCAGCUACUUCAGGCUAGAACCCCAGACGAGGAGGAGCAGGCAGGAGCCCUCCAGAAGAUCCAGGUGGUGCGUGCGUUUGACGUCUUCCAGAUGUUGGCUGUGCUGCAGGACUUCCGAGGCGCUGUGUCCCAGCAGGUGAGCAGCGCCUCAGCGACUGUGAAGGUGGUGGUUGUGGACUCAGUCACUGCAGUAGUCUCCCCACUUCUGGGAGGUCAGCAGAGGGAAGGUUUGGCCUUGAUGAUGCAGCUGGCUCGAGAGCUGAAGACCCUGGCCCGGGACCUUGGCGUGGCAGUGAUGGUAACCAACCACAUGACCCGAGACAGGGACAGUGGGGAUCUCAAACCUGCUCUUGGACGCUCCUGGAGCUUUGUACCCAGCACCCGGAUUCUCCUGGACAUUGAGGAAGGAGCAGGAGCAUCAGGCAGUUGGCGCAGGGCACGUCUGACCAAAUCUCCCCGUUUGCCAACAGGUUUCCAGGAGGUGGUAGACAUUGGGACCUGGGGGCCUCCAGAGCAGAGCCCAGCAUCCCAGGGAGAUCAGAUAUGACUGUGCUGUUGAUUGGGAAAAGCCGGGGACAUCAAGCGCCCCACCUCUGUGCACGUUGGCAGCUUCUGUUCACGGUCACCCAGCACUUGGGACUGUAGGAGAAGCUCUCGGGCUGGGCAGAGGAGACAUCUCUGUUUCCUCAGCCUCUCUUUCUGUGGCAAGAGAGGACGCUGUGUUGGAAGGACCCAGAAACUCAUGCCGGUCCCAGGUUUUCUUCCUUGUUUCUAUCAUGUAUGUUUCCAUGGGAGCUGAGUUCACCCUGGCCUCUUGCCUCUGUGAAGAGACCUGCUAGAGACCAGACAGAACCCUUUGUGUCACCAUGGUGCCCGCGUUCCAUCCUCAUACAAUAACUGAGCCCAGAAGCCUCUGCUGCUCUCUCUCUCUCUCUCUCUUUUUUUUUUUUUGUCUCUGUUUUUCCAUCUGUAAGAUGGACAUCCCUUUCCCCUAGCGUUGUCUUUGAGUUAUGGGUAGAAGUGACCUUGCAAAAGCAAAGCCCUUCUUUAUCUAUGCCCUGCCCUUAAAAAUACAAACAGGAAAUUCCCUGAGCCCCAGAGCCACCUGAUUUCCCCCCAGAAGGGUGUUUUUCAGUUUCCCCCAGUGAGGUUCCAAAGAAUGGUUCUUCCUUUUCUCCCUCUUGCUGAUUUGGUUUCACGCACCUGCGUGCAUCACCGUGACCAGGUGAGACUGGGAACUCGCUGCAGUCCCAGGGAUCUAAUUUAACAGGAAGGGAGAAUGUGGCCCUGGUGAACCCAGCUACUUGUUUAUUAUGCAUGGUGCCCUGUAGGGCCCCUCCACAGUAUAGAGUAGCCAGAGUUGCUGAACCAUGGCCUUGCCCAUAAACAGACAGGAGAGAAUUUGCACAGUAAAUAGAGCCAGCUGGGAAAAUUGAUGCUGGCGUAAAUAAUACAUGGCAAAUGUAGUCCUUUAUGCAGAAAUUCAUUGCCGGUGGCUCCAAGAUGCACUAUAAUUACCCUUCUCUUCCUGCCAGCUGUACCACAGCCUGGUGCCCUAGUCUAUGAAAUAACCCCCCUGUCUGUUUGUGGCACUGUGGCCAUCCAUCUGAGAGCUGCAAGCCCUGGCUGGGGGGUGGGGGAAGAGGAGGACACCAGGGGAAGAAUAAUAAAAGGCAAAGUAGAGAAAUGA